UCCGUUGUCAGGUGGCGCUGCUAUGGAAAGAUGCGAUCAGAAAGCUGACGAAUGGAAGCUGUUCCCGAGUGGUCAUUUCGGUAAUAGUGGCUAAAACAAACAUUGCGCGAUAUCAACCCUCCAUAUACGGUCUCCUUUGGUUGGGGGCGACAAACUGCGUAUGCACCGAACAAAUACUUUUAAAGAAAUGUCCAUGCUGUAGCAUUACAACGCAGACUUUCCUCGGCGUUUUCAGCUCGAGAGCUCCAGCAUGUCUAAGCGGCGCUCAUUGGAGAGGGGGGCCGGAGAGACCUCGGGCAGGGCCAGCAAGCUCCUCUGUCCUGGAAUUGCUGGAAGCAACGCCAAGAGGGCAGGUCCCUUUGUCCUGGGGCCUCGUUUGGGGAACUCGCCCGUGCCAAGCAUAGUGCAGUGUCUGGCCAGGAAGGAUGGGACGGAUGACUUCUACCAGCUAAAGAUCCUGACGCUGGAGGAGCGGGGAGACGCGACCGGGGAGACCCAGGAGGAGAGGCAGGGGAAGAUGCUGCUGCACACCGAGUACUCCCUCCUCUCGCUGCUCCAUAACCAGGAUGGAGUGGUGCACCACCAUGGCCUGUUCCAGGACCGGGCGUACGAGAUUGUGGAGGACCCGGAGGCCAACAAUGGCAAGGUGCGCCGACUGAAGAAGCGGAUCUGCCUGGUGCUGGACUGCCUCUGUGCGCACGACUUCAGCGACAAGACUGCGGACCUCAUCAACCUGCAGCACUACGUCAUCAAGGAGAAGCGGCUGAGCGAGCGCGAGGCCAUCGUCAUCUUCUACGACGUGGUGCGCGUGGUGGAGGCCCUGCACAAGAAAAACAUUGUGCACCGAGACCUGAAGCUUGGAAACAUGGUGCUGAACAAACGAACUCAUCGGAUUACCAUCACCAACUUCUGCCUGGGCAAGCACCUGGUGAGUGAGGACGACCUGCUGAAGGACCAGCGAGGAAGUCCAGCCUACAUCAGUCCUGACGUACUGAGUGGCCGGCCAUACCACGGAAAGCCCAGUGACAUGUGGGCCCUUGGCGUGGUGCUGUUCACCAUGCUCUACGGCCAGUUCCCCUUCUACGACAGCAUACCUCAGGAGCUAUUCCGCAAGAUCAAGGCUGCAGAGUACUCCAUCCCAGAGGACGGGCGUGUGUCGGAGAACACUGUGGGUCUUAUACGGAAGCUGCUGGUGCUAGACCCCCAGCAGAGGCUGACCGCUGCCGAGGUCCUGGAGUCUCUCAGCGGCAUUAUUGCCUCAUGGCAGUCGGUAUCCUCUUUGACUGGUCCUCUUCAGGUUGUACCGGACAUCGAUGACCAGGUCAGCCACCCAGAGCAUCUCCAGGAGGUGAAAAUGACGGAGGAGUCGUCACAGUACGAGUUUGAGAACUACAUGCGCCAGCAGCUGCUGCUGGCCGAGGAGAAGAACACUAUUCACGAGGCCAAGGCCAGUUUCCUCGCCAAGCGCCAGUUCAGCUCCAUCCCGCCCGUGCGGCGCCUGGGCCACGAUGCCACACCCGUCAGCCCUCUGGACGCAGCCAUCCUGGCCCAGCGCUUCCUCCGGAAGUAGCCCCUUCACCCAUCACCUUGCCCUCUGGGGGACAAGUGGGGUGGGGGACAAGGGUUGGGUCGGGAAGGUACCCUGAAACUAGUAUCUAUGGGAGCUUAGCCCGACCCUCCCUUGGGUAGAGGGAUCCCUAGCUGUGGAGAGUUAGGUAGGUGGAGUGGGAGCAGAUGGGUUUCACACUUCAAGUCUGGGUGUCGGUGGUGUGCACAGGAAUGACAUGGCUGGAGAAUCUGAAGAUCUCAACCAAAGGCUCCCACUGUACCCUCAGCCAGCCAGCUAGCUAUGGGCACAUAUGGACUCAGCCAGCCAGCUAUGGGCACAUAUGGACUCAGCCAGCCAGCUAUGGGCACAUAUGGACUCAGCCAGCCAGCUAUGGGCACAUAUGGACUCAGCCAGCCAGCUAUGGGCACAUAUGGACUCAGCCAGCCAGCUAUGGGCACAUAUGGACUCAGCCAGCCAGCUAUGGGCACAUAUGGACUCAGCCAGCCAGCUAUGGGCACAUAUGGACUCAGCCAGCCAGUUAUGGGCACAUAUGGACCCAGCCAGCCAGCUAUGGGCACAUAUGGACCCAGCCAGCCAGCCAGCUAUGGGCACAUAUGGACCCAGCCAGCCAGCCAGCUAUGGGCACAUAUGGACUCAGCCAGCCAGCCAGCUAUGGGCACAUAUGGACCCAGCCAGCCAGCUAUGGGCACAUAUGGACUCAGCCAGCCAGCUAUGGGCACAUAUGGACUCAGCCAGCUAUGGGCACAUAUGGACUCAGCCAGCCAGCCAGCUAUGGGCACAUAUGGACUCAGCCAGCUAUGGGCACAUAUGGACUCAGCCAGCCAGCCAGCUAUGGGCACAUAUGGACUCAGCCAGCCAGCCAGCUAUGGGCACAUAUGGACUCAGCCAGCCAGCCACCUAUGGGCACAUAUGGACUCAGCCAGCCAGCCAGCUAUGGGCACAUAUGGACUCGUACAGGCCAGGGGGAUACCAGACACGCAUGUGUGUUUGGACAUGGAACCCCCCCCCCCCCACCAUUUGUUUCUCUCUGCUGAGACCUGGUCAUCGCCCUCCUACCUACCCCCAUUUAUUCUUGAAAACCCUGAGCAAUACAGGGCCAGAAGGACCAUGUAGCAACCUUCCUCUAACCUCCCUCUCCUCAACUCUCCAAACUAAGAUCACUUGAUCAUGGAUGUAAUUCACUCUCUUUAGUUUCCUCAUAACCAAAAUUAUCUGGACUAGUCCCGUCUCUAAGCUGAAGACUUCAAAUCUACCUCUCUCAAUCUUUACUUUUAUUUUUUUGUGUGGAUUUUAAACCAUGUCCACCAUUCUCGGAAAACAAGGAAUUGUCGGGGUAGUGUUGUCACCGUAGACAGAAAGCAUUACUAUGUUUUGGUGCAUAAUGGUUUGGAAUGUGGGAUAUGAAUAAGCUUUUUUCCUAAUGACUAAUAAGUAGCAUUUUACCCUUCUAUCUAUUCUACAUUGAAAAUGCUAACUAUCAAAGGGUGGCCAAAUCGACUACUUCUGUCUUUAACUCUAGCAGAUGAUAUUGUUUUCUUGCUUUUGCUCUCACCCCCAUUUUUUUUUGCAUUUAGGUGUCAAGUACCUGGAAGAGCUGGAUGGGGCGACGUUUAUUAGAUGUUUAAUGUUGAUCCUCUUCCGUUAAUGCUCUUCUAAUUGGCAUCUUUGGUUAAUAAUCACGACGUGGACACUAUCAUUUUUGGGGGGUGGUGAAAUCAUGGCGCGUCUUAACUGAUUGUUAGCCAAGGAAAUGAUACCUCCCCCACGUUCACCACUGAACAACUUCCAGGUAUUCAACUUCCCGGUUUAUCCUGUGACAUCAUUAUUGUGAGACAGGUAUUGGGCAUGAAUUUGAAUGAAUGGUAAUGCCAGUGAUUGUCAUUGUGUAGAUAAGUGUGAUUCGGGCCAGGGGUGUAUUAGACUAAGCCAGAGCCUUUUCAGUGGUAGGUGCCGACUAGAGCCACGUUAUUGAAGCCCGGUGAGUCAGUGCAGAUCCUUAAACUAACCAUCCUUCCAAAUCUGUUUAUCUUGCCUGCCUCAGUUGCUCGCACACACUGAGAACAUACAGGCUUUUCUAAGACUGUCUGGACUGCAUGUGUCCGCUAUGAAAGAUGGGCAUCCCUCAUUUUGCCCCGGUCUUAGUCAUGAAUGCUCUAGUGCGUAGCCAAGUUUAAAAUCAAACGAAACCGUGAUGAUCAUAGUAGCUCUCCCUUUUAGCUGUUGUAAGUUAUAAUGUAGUAGCUGAGCAUGAAAGACUUACUAUGGUGUUGAUAGUGAUAAUUGAAUAGUGUAAUAUUUCAUAGAGAAACUCAACAGUGAGGUUGUCUGUCGCGUUGUGCACAUUCUCAAGCCUCCCUCUGCUGGCGGUGCCGUAGUGGUGACAAACGUCGUGAUCAAUCCAAUCAUUCUGCACAGACGCUAACGGCUGUUUCGUCUAAAGUACACUAGUGUCCUUGAAAUACGAUGACAUUGCUAAAGUAGGAAGAUAUUUAGUACGAAAAAUGUUUGCCAUUAUGUCGGCAAAUUUACUUUAGACAGAUGGCAAUGUUGUCAUUUGUUAGCAAAGUUUGUAAAAAAAUAGCUGCCAAUGUUGCUAAGCUACUAACUCGUGAACAAUAUUAGUCAUCUGUUCACAUAAGCUUGCCCAUCUUUAUGAGUAUUUGCAUUGCUUAGACCUUCACCCUAUUUAUAUCCAAAUUGAUCACGAGUAGAAACUUGAGUCAGUUUUGUCCUAUUUCAUUGUAAAUUGUCUUUUUCCUCAAUUUCAUGUAUGUUAAUUUUGUUAUUUAUUCACUGUCCAUUUUCAGGCAUCAAAUCCAUUUUCCAUUUUUAGCUUUAAGCAAGAAGUGUUCUGGUUUCAUUUGUUUCUCCAAACAUUCAAACUUGAGCUGCCAUUGCAGUUUUUUCUCCAUCAGCCAUGUUCAUUAAAGAUCUCUUUUUAUAUUUUAUUUUACCAUUGCCACACACUUGUGGUCGAUUUAAGCUACACUAAUAAUGAGACUGACUCUGCAUAGUUCUAUUUUUUACACAAAUAAUCGUGCAUUAUGAUGAUUUAUGGUAGUGAUCUGUUUAUUACCCGGAUCCCAGUUCUGUUUGUGCAGACUUGCCAACUCCUGUUUCCUUGACAAUGACCAGCACAAACAGAUCUGGGACCAGGCCAACUGUUUAUCGCCCCAUACCAGACUUUUGGUCAGUAUGUAAAUAUAAUACCAUCAUUACAGCGACAACACCAGUAGAGCUUCCAUCUAGUGGAACGAUACCAGCUCUGAUCAGGGGUACAUUCAGUAAGGUGAUAUGUUGCAGAUAGGAAUGUGAUGAAUAGAACUGACAUGAUUCCAAAUUCAACAUGACAGGAAAUCAUAUCUUCAUCUGAAUGUUUUGUAACAUUGCACACUCUUGAACAGCCCUGCUUUAACACAAAUUAUAUAUAGACAUGCAUUAGAUGCAAUGCUAGCCACCACCUUUUGAGAAAAAUAAAUAGAUACAUGUAAUGAGAUGUUAGCUUUUUUCCCACCUCAAUGUGAAUUUCUGGGUAUAAAGCAGUAUUGUAGUUGAUAGUGUGUCAGUAGUUCAUGAGAAAAGGAUAUUUUGUGAACUCCACAGCCCUUGCUGAAGUUGAAGGCAAAUUUGUGAUCCCGUCUUACUUGAGGGUGACCAUAACCCACUAUUGGAUAUAAAUAUGCAGGUUUAUUAGGUAAGACCCUUGAUAGUAAUGUAUUAUCUGAAGCAUUAUCAAGAUAGUGUUCACAUUUGGCUGUUGGACUUGUCCCAGUUGUCUAUGAAAGUUGUCCCCUUCAUAGAUUUUCUGUGGACUGAAAGCACCAUACGAAGCAUGAUCUUGAGCUCUUUGUAAAAUGUGAUUUUGCAUGAUUUUUAUUUUUUACUUUCAAGGUGGUCCCACAAUUAUAAUUGCCUGAAAUCAACCAACCAGGGAGAAUUGGAAAUUUGAGUCUUACAGAAAAACCUAAUGUUUUUCAUAAUACAACUGAUUUUUCAUUUAAUGAACAUUCAACUUAAGUUUUCAUUUUUACUAUAAUUCAAAAAUAUUGGAAAUAUCUGUCAGUUUAACGAUGUAUUUGAUUUGCUGAAUAUUACAACUGGAAAAUAGAUGGUGUAUGAUGUGGUGGUAAAAAAUGGUUGAAAACCAGCAGGAUUUGUUGUAAGCUGCUUUGUUGGAUAUGAGCACCUAAUACAAAAACCUGGCUAAUUGUACAGAGAUGAAAAAAAAGUUUGUAUAAAAGACAUAUUUUUGUACUUCAUCAAAUCUCUACAUGCAUGUCAGCAAUAAACUUUGAUAUGGAAAA